AUGGCGGACGACCUCAGCGAGGAGGCCGAGCUGAUGCGGCAACUCCAGGACAGCCGCCGUCGCUUCCAGAGGCGCAUGCAGCAGCUAAUAGACAAGUACAACCAGCCCUUCGAGGACGCCCCGCUGGUGGAGAUGGCCACCCUGACCUACCGAACGCCCCAGGGUCUGAGGCUGUGGGGCGGCCAACUCCUCCGGGAAGGAAGCAGAGAACGGAUGCAGCUGGAGGAAUCCCCCGUGAGGCUGAUGAGCUGGGGAAACGGCCCUGGGCGAGCUGCAGCCACAGGUUCAAAGAGCAAUGAUGUUGAUGCAGCGUUAGACCAAGGAGACAAGGUGGCCAUGGCCAUGGCGCCUGCCGUGCCCCAGAGCCCUCUGAAGAACGAGCUGCGAAGGAAGUACCUGACACGAGUGGACGACCUGCUGCAGGGGAAAGGGUGGUCAGAGUGCACAUAUUACAGUGGCGGAGAGGAUGCCCAGGUGACCUUGAGCCCAACGUUGGCCGAGCCUGCCUGGGGAGACAACGGUGAUGUCUUUGUCAAGAAGCCUGGUGGCCCAGUCAGGUCAGCGUCACCUCUCGGAGAAUGUGAGCCCUCGGCUGACUUGGCAGUGGUGCCUGGAAAUGCCAGCCACCACAGCUUGGUAAGCCACCAGUCCCUCGAGGCCGAGGACGUCUGCGACGUGACCAUCAGUGACUUGUAUGAAGGCAUGCUGCACUCCAUGAGCCAGCUGCUGGGCACGAAGCCAUCCUGCGUCAUCUCCACCAAGACCCUCAUCACCAGACCCUGGAGCUGCAGGUGGCGGCCCCGGUGGAGAGCCAGACUGAACCGUACCUACUGCAAAGGGGGCAGCUCCGAGGAGCGGCGCUCGCCCUGCUCCGAGCCCACAGAAAAGAUGGCGGCCCCGAGCAGCACCGAGAGCUCACUGGGUGUUCCCGGCCGAGAGUCGCGUUUCCAGCUGAAGAAAGCCCUCCAGGAGGUGAACCACCCGCAGGGCCGUGGAUUAGCUCCAGGCUGGAAGGAGCUUAGCGUGACUCCCCGGAAGCGUUCUCCAGUGAUGUGCUUGGACUCCAGCGCAGUGUACGACCUAGAUCAGGAGAAUAGGUUCAUGACGUUGAAGUGGUUAAUUUCUCCUGUGAAAAUCACAUGCAAAUCCAGAGCACACCAGGGCCUGGCCAGGAGCUGCCACAGAGAGAUUGACGUCAAGUUUGACAAGCUGCAUCAGGAAUGCUGUCCAUACCCCGUGAGCCGGACUUGCCCCCCAGGCUUCUGGGCACUGGACCUGUGCAGAGGUAGCCCCGCCAGCCCCAGCUGCCUCCAGGAAACCCACCAGCUGCGCAUUCCUGCCCCACAAAGGCCGCUUGAGGGUUUGGAAGAACUGGGCGAGAGAUCUGUUGGAAAGGGUGGAUGCUCGCCAAAGUAUGAUUCUUUCUCAGCUCUCUGCAAGACUGGCCUGGGGCCUAACCCUGACCACGCUGAGUGGCCACCGGCCUGUCUCCUCCAAGGAGGUAGCCCUGCAGUGUUCAGGUCACUGCCACCCAGAGAAGCUAUUUCAAAGCCAAGUGUACAGCCCCUAGGCUGUGGAAGGAGUCGUUAUGAUGAUAUUAAAGAAAGAUUUGACAGACUUCAUCAAGAGUAUUGUCAGACGUCACCCAGGCGGGUGACGGAGUCUUCCUGUACUGGACUGUCUCCCACUAGGGCCAGCGUGGAAGCCCUGCGUAAAAAGGACUUUCGAGGACACAUGGGGGCAGACUCUGCCGUCCAGAGUCCCCAGAAGUCGUUUGGCUCGACCACCACUGAAAUUUAUCUUGCGACAGGCGUUGUCCGCACUCCCUGGAGGGACCACCAGUCACCUGCAAAAAGACGCAGGUUGUCAGACCCCCAGCUGGACAUGGGAAAGGAGGUAUAUGCAGCCAAGACGGUGUGA